AUGCUGAAGCCUGCGUUUCUCCUGGUGCUGCCAUCUCUUGUGAGCUCUGAGCCUGCCGAGGUGUGCUGUUUCAAGAAAUCUGACAUCUUAUCACGGAGUAUCUCCAGCUCAGUGGAUGUAUUGAUUGUGGACAACUUUUUCUGCAAGGCUUUCCUGGAUUUCGCCCGGAAGCUAGCCGAAGUCUUCUACGACCAGGGUUGGUUCGAGUCGACAUCCACCUUUCCAGGCACCGAGUUUUAUUUCAAUCGGCUCCAAGAGGAGCCUGAACUUUAUGCGAAGGCCUCCAAGAAGGUCAAUGAAGGAAUGCUUGGUAUCUUCCUCCGUGGCGAGUAUUUGGAAUGCCUUGGCAGAGCUGCUUUGGAGACGGGCUUCAGCCUCACUCCGAACUGGAGGGCUCCGAGGAGCUAUUGGGAUGCUGCGGGCAUUUUCAGCAUGCAGAAUCAACCUCCGAACGUGUCUCUGGUGCACGUUGACUGGGAGUAUGCCGUGGUGAACAUACACUUGAGCACCGCCUUCAACGACACCGGCACUGCCUUCUACAAGUCCAAGCGCGGGUCGUCGGUGUGCAUGGAGGAGACGGCUUUGCACCAAUGCCUUCGAGAUUUCGAGGAGCAGGAUGCGUAUCAUCGACUGUGGGGAGGGCAUGGGCAAGACCAUUGUGGCCUCUGUUCGGAUCGGCACCUUGCAUGUGAGAAGUGGGCCCAAAGUGGCAAUUGCGUGGCUGAUCCUGGCUCCAUGCACCUGAUGUGCCCGCACAGUUGUGGCACCUGUGCUGGGCUCUGGCCGGGCCCGGCAGUGCCCAGACGCGAAGAUCAUGCUGGGCUCUUCGAGCUGGUGCACGUGGAGGAAGAGGAGCGAGAGCAGAACGGGCAAGAAGAUCAGACUUUUGGUGCGGAGUCCUAUGGCGGGCCGACUGAUGCUGCAGCAUGGGCUGAAAGUACCCGCAUCUUCGUCGCAGGGCAGAGCUCAUCCACGCCUCCAGAGCUUGCGGCUUCUGUGGAGCUCGCAUCGGCAACAACAGCUGAAGAGCCUGCUGCAUCUAUAUCCUCCGGUGCACCAGGUUUCCCUGCUCAGCAGGUGCUGCAGGAGGAAGACGGCUACGAUUCUGAGCAGAUUGCCUCCAACCGACACAAGCAUGAGGCAUCCCCCGAGACCGCCACUGCCAUCUGCGGGGCUACGGCGGCUACGACAGCUGCUCGCCACGGCCGUGCUAGGGCGGGCAAGUCGGCAGCACCAGAAACGCGAGAAGAGGACCUCGACCUCCUCCUGGACAUUGAAGCUGCCCUAGGCCAAGAGUUGCCAGCGGCUCCAACACGGCGCCGGCGAUCAGAGCCCUGGGCGCGCCUGAGGCCGCAACGCCAAGGAGGCUUUAGUUCUCUCUCGGACGUGCCGGACGUUCCCGUCGGCAUCGACGGUAGCGCUGCCGCAGGCGGCCUUGAUCCUGAAGACGUCCUGGCGACCUGCCCGGAUGCGAUGACUGAGGAAGAAGGCGUCCAGCUGGAGAGCUGCGACGCCGGGGAGGAGAGGUGGGACAGAUCGGAGAGUGACUCCGAGAGUUUGGGGCUGCCGCUUACGCUGGAGGAAGGCCCGUGGAUCAGAGGCCUGGAUUUCGAGGCCCUGGAUACUUCUGACACGAACUCGCCACAGGAGCAGCGGGGGAGAGGGGGGGGGAGGGGAGCGGGUUUAGGACUGACCUUUCAUUCAUGCGCUGCAACUCCGCACAGUUUUGUAGGGCUUGGCAAUUAUGUCCUAGCCCCAGUCGACUUACCAUGUAGGACUACAAGGGGAUACUAUGAUAUGAUUCUCCACUCUUCAGUCAGAGCUAUACGAAUAAGGAUGAGAGCGCCUUUGAUCUAA